AUGGUGCUCGGGUUUAAUGACCGUAUUACGGUCCCCGCGUCGGUCAGUGAACCACAACGCUUUGGUUUCGUUGUUGUUGGCAUGUUUUGUUCUCUUGCAGCUGGUGCCCUUUAUGCGUUCUCGCUGAUAUCGGACAAGAUGGACAGUGAAUACGGAUUUUCGCAGAAUGACAUCACCACAGUCUCUACUGUUGGUCUGGUGUUUGGCUAUUUCACAUUGCCAUUUGGUUUCAUUUACGAUUACAUUGGUCCAAAGCCUCUUUUUGUUAUCGCUGUUGUUACCUUCUCAGUUGGUACUAUACUGUUUGCAUUGACGUUCCAGGAUACCAUUGGGCACAGCGUGGCAAGUCUCUCCUUAAUAAAUGCCAUCAUGAAUAUUGGUUCGGCUUUGUUUGACAUGGGCUCCAUCCUGUCGAUCCUCAGUUGGUUUCCUGUUGACCGCGGCCUUCUUGUGGCGGCGGCGAAGACGAUGACAGGAUUGGCGGGCGCUGUGAUUGCAACAAUAUACAACACAUACUUCUCUGGUAAUCACUCCGCAUACAUGUACUUUCUUCUGGGAAUGGUGUUCGUUAUUGGUGUUGUUUGUUUUGUGUAUAUUCAGAUACCACCAUACCACAUGACUGGGUACCGGCUGAAGCACUACACUGAGGAGGAGCACGAUCUGGCGCGUCGCGUGGAGCACCUUUACCUGACGACAAAGGCCCCACGAUGGCGUUUUAUCUACAUCUUUGUGAUUGUGAUAAGUUUGCUUAUUGUUAUUACUACUCAGAGCAUUGUUUUUGUGUUUAUGGGAGAUGAUGUCACUUUUGCCCAGCGCAACCCUCCAGCAAUCAUUAUGAUUGUGUUGUACUUCUCGCUUUGUGUUGCUAUUGUGCCAUGUCCGUGGCUGGAUAAAGUGACUGCCGUGAAAGAUAAAGCUACGGCUGAGAGACAAAGCAGUGUGGAGCCCGCUGAAGAGGGUAAUGAGAGCGAGGGAGGCAAUUUCCCUGCGCAACAGGGGAAGGGUGUGGAGGAAGGUGCCCAAGAGGAACAGUUGGUUUCCAAUGAUGAUAAGAACUUCCCGCAAUACCCCACUGGCUUUUUCUACAACGUCCUCCACAACGUGCCACUCUGGUGCCUCUGUUUUAACGCUAUUGUUUAUUCAGGGGGUCUGUUUACCAUUUCUUUUAAUGCCCGGCAAAUUUUCGUUGCUAUUUCUGAAGACCCAACUGAAAUUCGACUCCCCAGUCUGUACGUUGCGAUACUGAGUGUGGGCAGUGCUCUGGGUCGCCUUGGUGUGAGUUUCUUUGAGGCAUGGAAUGCAAGCCGGCCACUGGAAAAACGUAUUCCAAUUAUCAUCGCCUAUUGUGCACCGUCUUGCUUUCUUUGUCUGUCGUCAAUAUUAUUUCUCGUUGUACCGACUAAGGUAUUACUUCUCCCAAUGGUUCUUGGUGGAUUGGCCACUGGGUCGUACGCAGCUGCACUUGUGUUAACUGUACGGACGAUUUACAGCAUUGAUGUGGCUAAGCAUUACAACAGCAUCUUCCUCUUUGAUCUAAUUGGUGCUGUGAUCUGUAACCGUUUUAUGUUUGGCGAAUUGAUGACAAAGCACUCCUUCACCGAUGUAGAUGGCAACAUCCGUUGUUUUGGGCGCAAAUGCAUCCAGACAUCAUUCAUUAUAUUGGCUUGCCUCUCAGUGUUGGCUUUUUCGGCAACGCUAGUUAUGUAUUUCACAUACAUGCGCUUUGUUCGAGCCACACGUGAGGAAAGGGAGCAGGUUCCUCGGGAGCAAAUGAUGGAUGUUACUCCUCUUUGUGUCGAUUAA